CAGAGAUGUUGAUUGUCAUAACGGGUAAGCUGAGAACAACCUGAUAAAGCGAGUUGAACAGAAAUUCUCGGCCGGUCCUGUAUACAGCUUCAGAAGGUCAGGGCUGUUGCUACUGAGACAUAACGAUGUCAGAGGCUCUCAUCCUCGCCUUUCAGUCCCAGCUGUCAGUCGUCAUGGAAACUGUUCUCAAAUCAGCCAUGUACGAGAUUACCAGGCUUGUGGAAGACAGUUUCCUGGAGGAAGUUGGACGCAGCAAACAGGAAGUGGAACUGCUGAAGCAAAGGCUUCAGCUGUCUGAGAGAAAACUGAAAGAGAGGGAGCGCGAGAGGGGAAAGACAGUCACAUGUGCUGACUGCAGCAGAACCCGGGUCUCCGGUGAGAAUGUGGGGGACGGCCCAGCAGGGAAACUCACCGGAGAUGACACCCUCUGUCUUAGCCUGAGCCUCAGGGAGCCGGGAGAACACGAUCAGCCUCUGAAUGACAAAGUGUGGAGCUCCAUGCAGAAACAGGAGGCGCUGCUCCACUCGGCGACGCAAGCGCACAAAGAUGAGCAGAGAGACGCUCGGUGCGAACAGACGUCCGGACCUCACUCCGCGACGCAAGAUCGUCUCCACGUCUUUCAGAGGCACUUGUCAUCCGCGCCAGACGCCGGUGUGCACCGUGAGACGUUCUGUGACUCUCGAGUUACGCAGGGCGACGGGUCGGACGCGUGUGGAGUGGACUCUCCUUAUGUUACAAGCAUGGACUUAAACAGUGGUCAGCUCCAGUCAGGGAUACUGUACACUUCUACCUCCACGCCAAAAAUCGCAUCUCCUUCACUGUGUCCUGCUGUGAAAUCGGAAAGCAAGGAACCGGUCGCCGUUAAAGAAGAGGAAGAAAUGAUACCGGUGUGUAAUGACCUCCUCACAGACGACGAAGCCCCUCCCGAUAUGUUCGGCAUUCCCCAUGGAGAUUUCCGUGGACCCUGGAAUCAAGAGGAGACACAGAUUGGUCAGAAGGAUCCUGCUAGAUACUCCGCUGCUGAACAAGGCAAAAGAUACACCAAAACCAAUCAGAGAACCUUCAGCGCUGUGGCCAGAGAGAUACUUACACAAUUUCAGGUUUGGCAAAAAGCCUGCUACAGCAGGAACAUAGAAUGGGGUCCGAUAACAGCAAAGAUCAUUUCCGCGCUACCUCAUUUGUCUGGGAUGGAAGCAGAGGUGAUUGUUCGCUGUACUAAAAUGCUACACAAUCGAAGGGAUUACCUUCGGAGACGGGCCAAGGUAAAUGCUUUCCUGAAAUGGUUUCCGUUGUGUCUUACCAAACAGGAGAUCAUGUAUUGGUAA